AUGGCUAUACAUACAAAAUUCCGUCUUAUUACUUACUCACCAGAGAUUGUAGAUGGACAGCCUAUUUUUGUCUCUUCAAACUGUCUUCCUACCAAGGCUUCGAAAUAUGAACCUGCAGGUCAUGCUUUCCAUUCUGCCGCACGGAAACUUCUUGGUGUUCAGGAAGAUAAGAAUGAGGCUGAUGAUAAAAAGGUUGUUGAUGAUAAGGAACAAGCGUACCUCCCAUCCGAUUCUUAUAGCAGCAAGAGCAAAAAGAAAUCUGGUACUGGAGAUAAGCAACAAGAUCACUAUGCAUUAUUGGGUCUGAGUCAUCUAAGGUAUCUGGCUACGGACGAAGAAAUCCGGAAAAGCUAUCGAGAAACUGCCUUGAGGUGUCAUCCUGAUAAACAGGCUGCUCUCCUUCUUGGGGAGGAAACCGAGGCUGUGAAACAAGCAAAAAUGGAUGAAAUAGAAAGUCACUUCAAGGCAAUCCAGGUAGCAUAUGAAGUGUUGCUCGAUCCUGUGAAGAGAAGGAUUUAUGAUUCCACAGAUGAGUUUGAUGACGAGAUCCCCACGGAUUGUGCUCCACAGGAUUUCUUUAAGGUGUUUGGUCCUGCUUUUGUGCGGAAUGGGCGGUGGUCAGUUACUCAACCAAUUCCAACACUAGGUGACGAUAACACUCCAUUAAAACAAGUUGAUAAUUUCUACAAUUUUUGGUACUCCUUUAAAAGUUGGAGGGAGUUUCCUCAUGCUGAUGAGUUUGACCUUGAGCAAGCUGAAUCCCGAGAUCACAAGAGGUGGAUGGAAAGGCAAAAUGCGAAAAUGACAGAAAAAGCUAAGAAGGAAGACUAUGCACGGAUUCGCACUCUUGUUGAUAAUGCUUAUAAGAGGGACCCCAGGAUACUGAGAAGAAAGGAAGAAGAAAAGGCUGAGAAACAAAGGAAAAAAGAGGCUAAGGUCCUGGCAAAGAAAUUGCAGGAAGAAGAAGCAGCCAGAAUUGCAGAGGAGGAGAAGCAACGAAAAGAGGAAGAAGAGAGACGAGCUGCAGAAGCUGCUUUACAACAGAAGAAGGUGAAAGAGAAAGAGAAGAAGCUGUUGCGGAAGGAGCGAGCUCGUCUUAGAACAAUUUCAGGACCUAUUCUAUCUCAACAUUUGCUUGAUAUUUCUGAUGAUGAUGUAGAAAGGCUUUGCAUGUCACUUGAUAUUGAGCAGAUGAGGAGUCUCUGUGAGAACAUGGAAGGCAAACAGGUGUUAUUAGAGCAAGCAAAUGUUUUGAGAGAUGCGCUGAGUACGAAGAAAGAGGUGGCUGAUGAGAAAACGAAUCAACAAAAUGGCAAUGGUUCCAUCAAGGCUAAUGGGAGUGCUUCCCGAAGCAAUGUUGAGAAGAAGGAUAAACCUUGGAAUAAAGAAGAGAUUGAUCUACUGAGAAAAGGAAUGCAGAAAUAUCCCAAAGGAACAUCACGGAGAUGGGAGGUUAUUUCAGAAUACAUUGGUACUGGAAGAUCUGUAGAAGAAAUAAUGAAGGCAACUAAAACUGUACUUCUCCAGAAACCUGAUUCAUCAAAAGCUUUUGACACAUUUCUUGAAAAAAGGAAACCUGGCGCACAAUCAAUCGAGUCUCCACUGACAACCAGAGAAGAAUUAGAAGGGGUACCAACUCCUGUCUCCUCAACAAAUAACACAGAAGACUCUCAUAGCAAAAGCACAGAUAGUCAGAACUCUGCAUCUGCUAAUGGAGUUUCUUCCAGUUCAGAACAGGAUGUGUGGUCUGCAGUGCAGGAACGAGCACUGGUUCAAGCUUUAAAAGCCUUUCCAAAGGAAACAAGCCAGAGAUGGGAGCGAGUUGCGGCAGCUGUACCUGGGAAGACUGUGAAUCAGUGUAAGAAAAAAUUUGCGUUGAUGAAGGAGAGUUUCAGGAACAAGAAAAGUGCAGUCUAA